AAUAAAUUUUGGAAUAAAAUGUGUGCUGGGGAAGAAAAACGAGUUGACAGUCGCACAAUUUAUGUUGGCCAUCAUCCAACUCCUGAGAUAGAAGCAUUUCUUCCUCAGAAUUUCUGUGACAACAGAAUAGUUUCAUCAAAGUACACGUACUGGAACUUUAUUCCAAAAAAUCUGUUUGAGCAGUUCAGAAGAAUAGCAAAUUUUUACUUUCUUAUUAUAUUCCUUGUUCAGGUUAUCGUUGAUACUCCAACUAGCCCAGUAACAAGUGGACUUCCUCUGUUUUUCGUGAUUAUUGUGACAGCAAUUAAACAAGGCUAUGAAGAUUGGCUCAGACACAAGGCUGAUAACUCUGUGAAUAAAAGUCCAGUUUAUGUUAUUGAUGGAGGGAAAAUUGUGGAAAGGCAAAGUGAAAAAAUUCAGGUUGGAGAUAUUGUGUGUGUGAAAGAAGAUGAAACAUUCCCAUGUGAUCUCAUCCUUCUAUUCUCGAGCAGGGAAGAUGGCACCUGCUAUGUCACUACUGCUAGUUUAGAUGGGGAAUCGAGUCAGAAGACCUACUUUACUGUGCCGGACAUGAGUGCAUUCCGUACAGAGAUGGAAGUUGAUUCUUUGAGUGCUACCAUUGAAUGCGAACAACCUCAGCCUGACCUUUACAAGUUUGUUGGACGAGUUCAUGUUUUCAGUGAUAAACAAGAGCCAGUUGCAAGAUCUUUGGGCCCUGAAAAUCUGCUGUUAAGAGGAGCCACCUUAAAGAACACUGACAAGAUAUACGGUGUUGCUGUAUAUACUGGAAUGGAAACAAAAAUGGCCUUGAACUACCAAGGAAAGUCACAGAAACGCUCAGUAGUAGAAAAGUCCAUUAAUGUUUUUUUAAUAGUGUACUUGUGCAUAUUGGUCAGUAAAUCUUUGAUAGGCACCACAUUGAAGUACAUUUGGCAAAGUGAUCCUGCUAAUGAUGAGCCUUGGUAUAGUUCAAAAACGGGCAAAGAGAAAGAUACUAACCAGCUUGUGAAGAUGUUCAUUGACUUCCUCUCCUACAUGGUGCUCUUCAACUUCAUUAUUCCAGUUUCUAUGUACGUCACUGUGGAAAUGCAGAAAUUCUUGGGUUCUUACUUCAUUACAUGGGAUAAGGACAUGUAUGAUGAACAUUUGGGUGAAGGCGCACUGGUAAACACAUCUGAUCUGAAUGAGGAGCUGGGACAGAUCCAGUAUGUUUUCACAGAUAAAACUGGAACCCUGACAGAGAACAACAUGGAAUUUAUUGAAUGUUGCAUAGAUGGAUUCAAGUAUAAAAACUUCAUUGAUUCGUGUGUUGUGGAUGGAAUCUCUUCAAGUGAUGAUUCUUGCAGUAGAAUCUGUGGAAUGGCUGGAAAGGAAAAAGAGGAGCUGUUUCUUCGUGCUCUAUGCCUAUGCCACACUGUUCAAGUAAAAGAAGAAGACAAAGUAGAUGGUCUAUUAAAGCAGCAAGGGGGCCUGUGUACAUAUAUCUCAUCAUCUCCAGAUGAAGUUGCUUUGGUACAAGGUGCUAAAAAAUUGGGCUUCACCUUUCAAGGAACGGAAAACAACUGGAUGAAAAUACAAAAUAGAGAAACAGAAAUUGAGAUGUAUGAACUUCUGCAGGUUCUUAGCUUUGACCCUGUUCGUCGACGUAUGAGUGUAAUUGUGAAAGAGAAUUCAGGGAGAAUUUUCCUUUUCUGUAAAGGAGCAGACUCUUCAAUUUUUCCAAAAGUGAAUGCUGGAAAACAGGAAGAAAUAAGACUGCAUGUAGAGUGCAGUGCUGUGGAUGGUUUGAGGACACUCUGUGUCGCAUACAAAGAACUCACUCAAGAUGAAUAUGACCAGAUCAGCGCACAGCUUCAGGAAGCUAAAAUGACCCUGAAGGAUAGAGACAAAAAGUUGGCAGAAGUUUAUGAAAAGAUUGAAAUCGAUUUACAUUUAAUUGGUGCAACAGCUGUUGAAGACAAACUCCAAGACCAAGCUGCAGAAACAGUUGAAGCCUUGCGCUCUGCAGGUAUGUGCGUUUGGGUACUCACAGGAGACAAGAUGGAAACAGCAAUGGCCACGUGUUAUGCCUGCAGGCUUUUCCAUACUAACAUGAAGCUUUUAGAACUGACAACAAAAAACAUCCAGGAGUUCAAAGCAAGAAAUGAGGCAAAAGUUCAUGAGCUAUUGCUGGAACUACACAAAGUGGUUGUCCAAGAUAAAAAAUAUUCUUCUGUCAGUCAAUUAAGAAGUUGGCCUGCUACACAGGAAUGUGGUUUGAUAAUUGAUGGUGCUGCUCUGUCACUAAUAAUGAAACCAACCCAAGAUGGGAGCAUGGGUAACUACAAAGAACUGCUGUUGCAAAUAUGUCAGAGAUGUUCUGCAGUUUUAUGUUGCCGAAUGGCACCAUUACAAAAAGCACAGAUUGUAAAAAUGGUGAAGAAUACAAAGGAGCAUCCUAUAACAUUAGCAGUCGGCGAUGGUGCAAAUGAUGUAAGCAUGGUUCUAGAGGCACAUGUUGGGAUUGGUUUAAAAGGCAAGGAGGGUCGCCAAGCAGCGAGGAAUAGCGAUUACGCAGUACCAAAGUUUAAACAUCUGCAGAAGCUUCUACUUGCUCAUGGACAUUUAUACUACAUUCGGAUCGCACACCUUGUGCAGUAUUUCUUCUACAAGAAUCUUUGCUUCAUCUUUCCUCAGUUUUUGUACCAGUUCUACUGCGGAUUCUCUCAGCAGCCACUCUAUGAUGCAACAUAUCUUACAUUUUAUAAUAUCUGCUUCACUUCUCUGCCAAUAUUGUUGUAUGGUCUUCUGGAACAGCAUAUAAGCAUUGAAAUGCUGAAAAAGGAUCCCUCUCUCUACAGGAAUAUUGCUGACAAUGCAUUGCUACAGUGGAAACCUUUCCUUUAUUGGACAUUUUUGGGACUGUUCAAUGGUGUAGUAUUUUUCUUUGGGGCUUAUUUCCUCUAUGAGAAUUCAGCCCUUGCAGACAAUGGUCAGAUUUAUGGAAACUGGACUUUUGGAACAAUUGUCUUCACUGUUUUGGUGUUUACAGUUAAUCUGAAGCUUGUAUUGGACACUCAAUACUGGACAUGGAUCAACCAUUUUGUAAUAUGGGGUUCUUUAGCCUUUUUUGUCAUCUUCUCUUUCUUUUGGGGUGGCAUCAUAUGGCAAGACAACACUUGCCUUCUUCCAGACAGUCAACGGUCUUUAUGCUCUCCCAAACUUCCAGCAACCAGAGUUUCUCUUGGAGUGAUUGAGAAAUAUUUGGUCUAUAACAAGGCUGCUGAUACAGUGUCGACCCCCAGAUCCCCUGUCGAACCACUUCUUGCAAGAUCAUUCUCAGUUGAAUCAUGAUUACCACUGACAGAGUUUAAAAUUUGCAGAGCCAGAAUUGCUGACAGUGAAAUAUAUUAAAGAUGGUCCUUUCAGCAGAAAUCCCAAGUCUGAAGAGAAUUGAUCAACCUGUGAAGAAAAUAACUGGCCAGACUGGUGAAUACACAGUAAAACCACUUUUUAUACCCUGUGCCUGUGAUAUUAAAGGCCUUCAAUUACUUUGGACUUGGCCCAAAAAUCUAUUCAGGGUUGUUUGAAAACAAAUUUUACUUUGGUGGACAGAGUUUCUGGAACAGAAACUGCAGAGUGAUCUGUGUUCUGAGAAUGCAAUUCUUUUAAUGUAAUAGGGAAAACUGAGUUGCCUUGUCCAGUGGCUUUGAAAUGUUAUUCAACAAAAUUUCAAGAAUAACUAAUCUUGUAAAAUGAUUUACCAUUAUUCAUUCAUCAAUGUAUUUAAGUUUGAAUUGUCACUGUUCCAAUAUGUAUAUUUUUAACCACAUUUUAGUAAUCAGGAAUUUUAAAAAAUUUGUCAAUAGGUAUUGCAAGUUGCUGUGUUUGUGUGAUGAUGUCUGUUGUGUAAAUGAAUGCUAUUAACCUAUUGAGUAGAUAAAAAUGUUUGGUUUAAGAGAUACACAAAGCAACAGUCUCUGUUGGUUUUUUUUUAUAUUUUGAACUCUUUCCUAGUGCAAUUUGGAAUGUACCAUUUGUCUACUUUGGUAGUCAGUAUAAAAAGCUAUGUCUUUUGAAUGUUAAUCCAGCGAUCAACUGAUGCUAGCAAAUGAAAACAUCUGUUUCGGUCCUUGCCUCCAGAUGAACUACUUACAAAUUGCUUUACUUUAAACCAUAUAAUGCAAGUUGGUGAAGUAGCAUUUACCAUGAGUUCUAAAUUAUGGUAGCAUUUCUGAAGCAUGAAUAUAAACCAGCAUUUUUUCAAGUUUUUAAAAAAUCUUACCAGGGAAUAGAUCAUCUUUAUAAUUCAGGACUAAAUAUAUUGGAAUAUAUGAGGUAUUAGUAUAGUUAGUAAGAAAAUGCAAAGUCCUGAUCUUGAAAUGUGAUAAAUACAAAUACUGAUAUUUUAUAUAUGUACAUAUAAAAAUGAAGUUUCUGUAUGAGCUUUGAAAAACAGGAAUAAACAAAUAUGCUCUUGAAA